AUGAAACCCAAAUGUGAGUGUGUGUUUGUUUACUACACAUUACACGCGCGGUCGUCCACUUCUGCUGUCGAUAUAACUUUGUGUUUGACACGAUCAUGUAAGCAAAUGAUUUCAUUGCAAGCAACGAAGAUUAUGAUCAAAGAAAUGAAAGAGAGUAACGGAUUUCUGAAGGUUGCAAACGAUGGUAAGAUUGGGAGUAAUUCAGUGGAGACAAAUAACAUGAUGCUGAACAAACCGACAAUGGGGGUUCGCGAAGAUUGCAGCACAAUUUAUUUUAUCACAGAAUUUGGUAGCUUUGCUACACUAAAGAUGACUGAUGGCGAGUUGGUGGAAAGUGAUUGCAAUGGAAUCUUAGCGGAGAAUUCACGCAAGCAUACAUUUCAAAUAGCAGUAAUGAUCGGUUGUCUCAUUGGUUUUAGUGGUUUAACUUAUAUAUUUUGCAGGAAGUAGAA